CGGGAAAGUCUCUAACACAAAAUGGCGGGUCAAACAUCACAAGAAGUUCUAGAUGUGCCUUACGAGCAAACAUUCUUGACCUAUUUGGGUUCGUUGCCCGAGAAAUCAGAAACAACAAUUCGUGUUUUUGACAGGACUGAAUACUAUACUGUCCAUGGAUCUGAUGCGACAUUCAUCGCCAAGGAAAUUUUUAAAACUAUGAACGUUGUCAGACAAAUUGGAUCAGGAGGCAAAAAAGUUCCAUCAGUUGCACUGAGUAAAGUGAGGUUUGAAUCAACAAUCAGAGAACUGUUGUUGGUACGACAGUACAGAGUUGAACUUUAUAGAAACAAAGGAGGGAAAGGAACAUUGCAGAGCUGGUUUCUGGCUGGCAAGGCUUCUCCUGGAAAUUUACAACAAUUUGAAGAAAUCUUGUUUGGUAAUAAUGAAAUGUCUGCUUCGGUCGGUGUGAUGGCAUUCAAACUUGCUGCUGAUGCUGGCCAAAAGACUGUUGGUGUAGCCUAUGUUGAUAUUGCUGAACGAAAGAUUGCUGUCUGUGAGAUAGUCGACAAUGAUCACUUCUCAAAUGUUGAGGCAAUGUUAGUCCAGUUGGGACCAAAAGAGUGCAUCGUUCAGGCAAACGACCAAAGCCCAGACGCUGGGAACUUGAGGGAGGUUAUACAACGAAGUGGGAUAAUGGUUACUGAAAAGAAGAAAGGCGACUUUUCAACGGUCGAUGUUGUUCAAGAUCUUAACAGACUUCUGAAAAUCAAUUCAGGAAAUAGCUCAACGCUUCCUGAAGUUGAUUUGAAUCACGCAAUGUCUUGUGUUGCCGUCAUUAUUAAAUAUUUGGAGAUUUUAUCAGAUGACUCGAACUUUGGUCGUUUUCAUAUCUCAACCAUUGAUCUGAAUCAAUACAUGAAGCUUGACGCUGCUGCCGUCCGUGCUUUGAGUCUUCUGCCAUCUUCCGCUGAUGGUGCCAAUAAAUCUGUGAGUUUACUUGGUUUGUUGAACAAAUGCAGAACACCCCAGGGGAAGCGAUUAUUAGGACAAUGGAUCAAACAACCUCUUCUAGACGAGAAAAAAAUUGAGGAAAGACUAAAUGUUGUUGAAACGUUCUUUAAUAACGUUGUGCUUCGUCAAACAGUUCAGGAAGAGUUGAAGAAAUUUCCUGACUUUUCAAGGAUGGCUAAAAAGUUUCAAAAAAAUCGAGCAACACUCCAGGAUUGCGUAAGAGUUUACCAGGCCGUGGGAAGGUUACAAGAGCUGGUGAUUAGUCUAGAUGAAUGUCAAGACAACCACCGACCGCUGAUCAACGAACUGUUCGUUGCACCAUUACAGGAAUUAAAAGAUGAUUUCUCAAAGUACGUUGAAUUAGUUGAGACAACGAUUGAUCUCGAUCAGAUCGAAAAUCACGAAUUCCUGAUCAGACCAUCUUUUGAUGAAGGUCUACAAGAAUGCCGAGAAAACAUGGACCAAGUUCAAAGAAAAAUUCCUCGCCAGCUGGACAAAGCCGCAAAUGAACUUGGUCUCGAAGCUGGAAAAACUAUCAAACUGGAAACCAACAGCCAGUUUGGAUAUUAUUUUCGGGUGACUAGAAAGGAAGAGAAAAAACUACGGGGAAAUAAGAAAUUCACAACUCUGGACACAAGGAAAGAUGGCGUCAGGUUUACGAGCUCGGUGUUAAGACAACUAAAUGAUGAGUUUCAAGCGUUGAAAGCCACGUACGAUGACGUUCAAAGUAAACUUGCGAACGAAGUGAUCAAAAUAGCAAGUGGCUACUGUGAACCAAUGCAAAUUCUUAGUGAUUCUUUGGCAAAACUUGAUGUGUUAAUAAGUUUCUCUCACGUGGCUGCCUCUGCUCCAAUACCAUACUGUAGGCCGAAGAUCUUUCCCGCAGAACAUGGCUCGGUCAUACUAUCCGCCGUCAGACACCCUUGUCUUGAGGUGCAGGAUGAAAUUGCAUUCAUUCCUAAUGAUGUAACCCUGAACAGAGACGAGCAAUCAUUCCUUAUAAUCACUGGUCCGAACAUGGGCGGGAAAUCAACAUAUAUACGUUCUAUAAGUGUGGCCGUGUUGAUGGCUCAAAUUGGAUGUUUUGUUCCCUGUGAGGCGGCUGAGAUCUCCAUCAAGGAUGCCAUAUUGGCUCGUGUGGGUUCUGCUGACAGUCAGUUGAAGGGAGUUUCAACGUUCAUGUCAGAGAUGUUAGAAACAGCGUCAAUUCUUCGGAGUGCCACCGAAAAUUCUUUAAUCAUCAUCGAUGAACUGGGACGGGGCACCUCAACUUACGAUGGAUUUGGUUUAGCUUGGGCUAUUUCAGAGUUCAUAUCAACGCGUAUUAAGGCGCUCUGUUUGUUUGCGACACAUUUCCACGAGCUUACGGCUUUAGCAGAUGCCGUUCCUAGUGUCAAGAAUUACCAUGUUACAGCAAUGACAACUGGAGACACUCUUACAUUAUUGUACAGAAUCAAAAAAGGUGUUUGCGAUCAAAGUUUUGGUAUUCACGUUGCAGAGUUGACGAAUUUUCCACGUAAAGUUAUCGAGUUUGCAAAGAGAAAGGCUGAGGAACUAGAGGAUUUUCAGGGUCAAACCGCAGAGGAUAAUAAUGACAGUAACGAAAAUCAAGCAAUUCUUUCAUCUAAGAAACGUCGCAUGGACAAAAAGGAAGGAGACAAUCUAAUCCAAGAAUUUCUUCAAAAUGUUGCAAGCAUUCCCAUUGAUAAUCUCUCAGACGACCAGGUUUCUACAAAGGUUUUAGAUCUGAAGAACGCUCUUCUUGAAAAAAAUAACAGCUAUAUCAACGACAUGCUUACAAGAAACACUUAAAGUAUAUGAACUUUAGAACUUACAGUACUCGCAUAUCUGAAGUAACACUGGUAUGUCAAAACAUAUGGCUUUGAAUGUAGAAAAGUGACAGUACAGUUAUAUUGUGAGGUCCGUGGCGGUUAAACUCGUCACCAUGGCAACGAAUGUGGCGUUGAUACUUCAAAUAAGACUUUGCGAAGUUAUCGAAAGUUGCAAUUUGGUAUUUAAAUUUUUCGAUAUUGAGUUUGUUUUGAAAUAAAAAUCAAAAUAAAUGUGUUUUGAUUGUA